AUGUCUACAUCCGAUCAGCCUCAAGAACCCAUUGAUGGGCUUGAUUCAACGGGCGAAAACGCUUUAACGUCAUCUUCGAAUUCGAAUACUUCACCCAAAAGACCAAGAGCGAGAUUAGGUCCAACUGAGAUUGUUCAGCUUCCAGCAUCAGAUUCCGAGCCUGAAGACGAUGAUGAUAUAAAUGUGGAAGGAGCAGAUUCACAACGAGAAGGAAAAGGAGCAAGCGAAGGCGAUGGCGAUUUCCUGAAAGAUUAUCCUGAUGAUACUGAGGAUCUACAACUUCAACAUUUAAGGAUCAAAACGAAUGCUUUAUCAGCAUUGAAUAUCCCAAGAUUCGGAACACAUCUCAAGAGAUUAUGUUUGAGACAGAAUGAAUUGACAUCUCCUUUACCAAGUGAUGUUUUUGAUGGUUUAGUCGAAUUGGAUGAAUUAGAUCUGUAUGAUAAUAGAUUAGGAUCAAGAGUCGAUGAUGAUGAAUUGAAAGGUUGUAAAAAUUUAACCUCAUUAGAUCUAUCAUUCAAUAAUCUCAGACAUCCACCUUGUUUAUCUUCUUUAACCAAAUUGACAGUCCUUUAUCUCGUCCAAAAUAAGAUCUCACAUAUCGAGGAGAACGAUCUGGAUUGGUGUAGUGGAACCAUAACAUCUAUAGAAUUAGGUGGGAAUAGAAUUAGAUCGAUUGAGAAUUUGGAUAAAUUGACUAAAUUGGAGGAGUUGUGGUUGGGUAAAAACAAAAUUAGGUCUUUGGAGAACCUUUCAACGUUCUCAUCACUUAAGAUACUAUCGAUUCAAUCGAACAGAAUCACCAAACUGGAAAACCUCGACGCGUUGAUCAACCUGGAAGAACUAUAUCUAUCCCACAACGGUUUAACAAAAAUCCAAGGAUUAGAAAAUAACAAAAAGCUCAAGACUCUUGAUAUUGGUAAUAACAUGAUUGAGGAGAUUGAAGGUGUAUCUCAUCUGACUGAACUAGAAGAGUUCUGGGCAAGUUACAACAAGAUACCAAAUUUACAAUCACUAGAUUCUCAAUUGCGUCAUUUGGAAAAUCUAGAAACAGUUUAUUUGGAAGGUAAUCCUUGUCAAACAAAUGAUAUGACUGGAUAUAGAAGGAAGAUCAUUUUGGCAUUACCUCAGAUCAAACAAAUUGAUGCUACGUGA